ACAAAAAAGUGUUAUUCAAAAACUAUUAACUAUUAACAGUUACGGCAUAUAAGUGCAUACCAGCGCAGUCUAAAUUCGUUCCAAAAAAGAAAAGAAAAGAACGUAGUUAUGUUUAUUCUGAAGCGAAAAAACUUUUGUAAAUCUGUGGUGGUACUAUUGAUGCAUUCAGUGUUUUUAAACUCAUACGAAGCCCAUAUAAUUCAAGUCGAUCAUGAUAGAUUUGAACAUAGCAGCAUUUUGAAACCUUAUUUGCCACCACUAUUACUGCCGCAUGUAACCUCAGUCUCACAUACGGAGCAAAUAAUAUCAGGACAAAGUGAAAAUGAAUUGUCGCCAGCCGAACUAAUGGUUGAUCUAACUAAUGAUUUAACAUAUCGCAUCAUGUAUUAUCAUUCGAUUUUGAAUCGAAACAAUUUUGCAUUUUCUCCCACGGCUUUAAUGAGUAUUUUAAUAGCACUUUAUGAAGGCUCAGCGGGACGUAGUGCAACUGAACUAAAAACGACACUCUUUUUACCAUCUAAUCGGGAUAUCAUACGUGUGGGUUAUCGUGACAUACAUCGACGUUUAAGGACAUACUUUUUUGACACAGAUAACCCAUUAAAGGGCUUAAGUUUAAAUAAAGAAAAUGUAACAAUUAGUCGAGAAUAUGAAAAUAUAUUAAUAUUCUAUGGCUAUGAUUUGGGCAUGGAUAUGAUAUCAACAAUGAUGCCUGAUAUGACGACGACCACAUCAAAGUCACGUCCCUCUAAGGGCACAAGCAUUCCUGAAACGACCGAGAAGCAAUCACCUUCAAUACCUACAGAAGCAACUAUUAAAGUUUCCACCACCAGCCCCACCAUAACUACAACAACUCCUAUGACAGAUAUUUUAACCACAUCGGAGACAGUGACAUCAGGAACAACAAUAAAUGAUAAAGAAAAUCCGUCUUCGGAAACUACAACAACGUUUGAUUCUAAAGAAAGUAUGCAAGAAGUAACAACUACGGCUCCAAUAGAAGGCAUAACAGAAGGUGAAGCGGUUUCGAAUGUUGAAGCCGCCGAAUUGGUAUCAUCGUUUAUAGCCGACGACAAUUCGGAACCCUUUGCUCGCAUACAAAAAGUUCGUGUAACACGAUUGCCGAGCGCCAAACUUCAGGCGCCAUUAUCUUCUAUGAAACCUAAAGUUAAUUAUUUACCGGCAAAACGAUCAAACCGAAAAUUAAUUAAACGUCAUAAGCGUCAUCUUUUCGGUUAUAAGGAUUUAAAUUCCAAUCUCUUUGUAACUUUAUUCAACUCUGAGCAUCCAACUGCCCAUUUACCCAAUAUUGGCGAACAUCACUCUGUUGAUAUACCAAAUUUAAAUGUAAUUUCAAAUCAUUAUGGAACCGAAUUAAAUCCAAAUUUCAUUACAAGUACAAAUAAUGGCGAAAUUGGAAAUGCUAUUAAACAAAAUUAUAAUACCGAUGUCAUUAGUCAUGUAUUCUAUUUGGGUAAUCAGCAAACAAUUUAUACCACAUUUAAGGUCUACAAUGCCGUAUUGUAUUAUAAAUAUUUUAAUAAUUUGGGCAUGAGCGCAAUUGAAUUGGAAUUAAAUACACCGGAAUAUAAUUUAUUAAUACUAUUACCAGAUUUUCAUACAGAUUUAGUAACGGCAGCGGCAUCUUUACGUUUCGCACCGAAAUUGCGAUUACUUCGUAAGCAAUUGAAACCUAAAUGGGUUCAAGCGACAAUACCCGAUUUUCAAUUAAAUGGCGUAAUGUUUUUAACAAACGAUUUACAAAAUAUGGGCAUUGGAGAUAUAUUUGAGCCGAAUCGGGCAGAUUUUCGACCAAUGACUGAUGAGAAAUCAAUCUACGUUAGGCAUAUUGAGCAAUCGAUUAACAUUCAUAUACACACACAUCCCAUCAAUCAAUUGAGACGUACGAAUGGCGCUCAAACGCAGCCGAUACAAAUCUCAGUUAAUCAUCCGUUUAUGUUCUUCAUUGUCGAUCGUGAUUUGGACGUGGCAGUGAUGGCGGGACGUAUAUUAAAUCCAUUGAAUGUGCGAAUACAAUAAAAGAUUACAUCUCGAAGGAGAUGAUGUAAAAAUUACGUUGCUAUUGUUUUACAUUCAUUUACAGCAUAUUCGUAAUUUCAAGUCAAUUACGAAAUUCAUUUCAUUCCAAAAGAAACGAUUGAUGAAUUUGUUAUCUCGUGCCGUUACAAUGCAUUGAAAUUGGUGCGGAAAUCUGCUGAAGCGAUAUAGGUACAAAUGAAUUGCAAUUUUGAACAAA